AUGGCUGGCGGAAACGCAAGCCAAACAGAAGAGAUAGAGGACGCUAAGAGAGCGAAAAAAGCGGAGAAGGAAAGUGCUCACUUUGGCAACGAACUUUCCAACUAUGUGCUGAGCAUCAAGUACCCGAACCUGACCAUCUCAAAGUCCAAGAAGAUCCGGACUUUAAUCGACACGCCGAAGAAUGCGGGCGUAUUUCACUUCCUGCUGCAAGUGGAGGGCAACUGUGACUUCGAGAGGAUACGGAUGGCCUAUGCCCAGAAUCUAACUGAUCUGCGGGACAAGACUGGGAUACUCAGGUUCCCCAAGCUGCGUCAAAAACUCGUCACCUGUUGGGGGCACUAUGCGUGGGUGAACGAUAGCAGCGGGUUCAACAUCAACAACCACGUCCUGCUCAGCACCCACAAGUACCGAGGUCGUCCAGUUACCGAAUCGAAUAUUCAGGAGUAUGUCAGCGAGCUGGCCACGAAGUACAUCCCAUCAGAUCUUCCCCAGUGGCAGGUGAUUGUGAUCCCAAACUCGGAUAGCACUCAGCCCUACUACAUACUCAUCAAGCUACACCACCUGAUAAUUGCCGAGGAGGAGGAUCUGCAUGUGAGUGAGAUGCUUCUGCUGCACGAUCCACACAAGAGAACCAUGAUGACUCUAAGCGAUGGAUUGGGGGACAACUCGAAUCCAAAACUUUCCCGCUUUGUGCGAAAGCCGGAACACAUCAGCAGACUCAUCAAUCACAUAAUCCAUCUUGUCAUUUGCCGUUGGCAAAAGUUCAUCUACGAAUUUGAAUCUCUGGAAACUCCCGAUGGCUCCACGUCCAGUAAUCAGGUUGGAAACCUAAGUCAGUUGGCUUCUUUGGUCGUAAUUGUCCUGGUAAAUGUCAUCUUGGGCUAUAUAAGGAGUCGAACUAUGCUCAAGAAACUUAAAAGGCGUUCAGUCAGCUACCGAAAUGAAGUGGGUCGUUUUCAAACUGUGCGAUUGCUUCUGAAUAGGGAGUUAGAGCAAAGAAAUCUGAAUUGGUGGGUGGCCAGAAAUGCGGUGUAUAAGAGCUUGCAGCCAACUAAUUUGGCAAAGGUCUGGACACGUUUCCUUUGGCGACUAAAUCUAAAUCACGUUUUGCUCUUACCCUACCACAUUUACUGCGAGUGCUUGGCUUUCGGUGAUGUUUUGAUCAAAGGCAAAACUUCGUAUACUUCAACCUAUUGUGCCAGACUCCACUUGUACGUACCCCUUCUACUUUACGCUCAAUUGGAGUUUUUCAAAAUUAUCUGGGAGCUUUUCCAGGCCCCACGAAACAUUUACGAAGUGCUAUUCGAACAGCCCACAAAGGAGUUAAAUAUUUUGCAUAAAAAGUCCUAUGCAGGCAGGAAAAUAGUCUCCUUUGGGCGAUCAAUAGAUGGCGCCCAACUAAGGACCAGAAAUCAGGGUAAAUUCAAUAGUGAUCUCCGAGAAUCAGACUUUAGCUUAACUUGCUUGGCAGGGGCCGUUCACGAUUACUUUAAUACAUUCUCGGGUGACUUGAAAGUCCCCAAUUACUUGAACACCACUUGUAGGACCAUAGAUAAAGGAUACUUCACAGAUCGCAGUGGGGAUAAAUCUGAAAAUAUUGGGGGUGUAGUCUUUUUGCAACUGCCUCUAAGGCAACCAGACGCAAAUCACACCAAAGAACUCCAUCAGAUUGUUGAACGAAUCAGAAAGCAACAGAUCAUUAUAUAUUUAGCUUCUAUUGGACAGACAAAGUACAGCCUACUCACAUCCCUUUUGCCUCAUGUUAUCACAAAAAUAUUCAUCAACUUUUUCUCAUACAACUUUCCCAUCACCAUCACUGAAAUCUACGGUGCCACUGCUGAGUUUCAAGCGGCCUGGGGUCAGAAAGUCCAGGAUGUUCUUCUCUUCCGGCCACCACAAUCGAAGACCUGUCUUUCCCUAAAUCUCCAUCGCUUUGGAGACAAGUAUAGACUGGCUGUGAUGGCGGAUACCCACCUGGCCCCCGAUCACACAGUAAUUACCAGAUCAUUCGAGCAAUAUAUGGAAACAAUUACUCUGUAAUACGAAAGAAUCUUGCCUCUACUUUUGAAGUGAAGGGGAAUGUAUAUGCAUAACUUAUGAGAAAUAAAAACUAUUUAUCCAGUA